UUGACAGUCAGUGACGUUUGACGGGAGUCCAUCAGCUCAGUGGCCGUUGAUGGACCACCCCUAUGAAGAAACAGGGUUACAAUGGGACAGAGUACCUCGGAACAAGAGGUCCAAGCAGACAACCCCGAGGGGUUUAAUAACAUCAAGACAUUGGUGGAAGAGGAACUACAGACGAGCAUGAUGGUGGGGAUGGUGAUUGGUGCUGGAAUCGCCAUAGUCCUCAUCGCCAUCCUCAUCUUCUUCAUCUUGCGGCGGAUCCAGCUUCGAAACCUAGAAGCCCAGGAGGCCCCCAAAUACCGCUUUCGCAAGAGGGACAAAGUCAUGUUCUAUGGGCGAAAGAUCAUGCGUAAAGUUUCUCAGUCUACCUCUUCCCUCGUGGGUACAUCCUCCUCCUCUCGGCCACGCCUGAAAAAGAAGCAGAAGAUGCUCAACAUUGCCAAAAAGAUCCUGCGCUUUAAGAAGGAGGUACCCAUCCUGCAGGCCAAGGAGCCCCCUCCCUCAGUGCUGGAGGCGGACCUCACAGAGUUUGAUGUGGCCAACUCUCACCUCCCCUCUGAGGUGCUCUACAUGCUUAAAAAUGUCCGUGUGCUGGGUCACUUUGAGAAACCCCUCUUCCUGGAGUUGUGCAAACACAUGGUGUUUCUGCAGUUCCAACAAGGGGAGUACGUCUUCAGGCCAGGCCAACCUGACAGCAGCAUCUACGUGGUUCAGGAUGGAAAACUAGAAUUGUGCCUUACUGGAACGGAUGGCAAAGAAAAUGUGGUGAAAGAGGUUUACCCAGGAGACAGUGUCCACAGUCUCCUCAGCAUCCUGGAUGUCAUCACAGGCCACCAGAAGCCUUACAGAACGGUGUCAGCACGGGCUGCAGAGGUUUCCACUGUUCUCCGUUUACCUGUAGAGGCCUUCCUCUCUAUAUUUGAGAAGUACCCUGAGAGCCUGGUACGGGUUGUACAGAUUAUCAUGGUUCGUCUCCAAAGAGUAACAGUGCUUGCCCUGCACAACUAUCUGGGUCUCACAAAUGAGCUCUUCAGCCAUGAAAUGCAACCCUCUCGUCUGCCACCGCCAUCUCCCCACCCAACUCGUACUAGUCCCAUCCGCCACGGCAAGCGCUUUGGCAGCCUGACAGUGCCUGAGGAGCAUCGGGAAGCUGCCAUUAAGGGUGAAGCCGCAGGAGGAGAACAAGGGAAGGAUGGAGCAACAGUGCCAACUCUUAGCAGGACCAUCUCCAUGCCUGUGGAUAUUGCUGGUAUACAGAAAAGUCUAAGAUCAGACUUUGACAUGGCAUAUGAAAGGGGACGGAUAUCUGUUUCUGCAGAGGAUGGCAACACUCCUCCAACCUUUAGUCGGUCUGUAUCUCAGGACCAGCGAGAGAGGAAGGUGACAGUGGAUGAUGUUCCCUCAGGGAUUUACCUGUAUCCAGAGGAAGAGCCGGGAGUGGACAAUAUUUUCACACCUGUAUCCAGUCGAUCCAGUACUGCUUUGUUUGAGGAAGCUCAGAAAGAGAUCCUCAAGCUCAUGAAGAUUGAGGACCCCUCCUUGUUAAACGGGAGAGUGACUCUGCACCAUGCAAAAGCUGGAGCUGUCUUAGCCAGACAGGGAGACCAGGAUGUUAGUCUGCACUUUGUCCUGUCUGGUUGUUUGCAUGUCUACCAACGGAUGAUCAAUAAGCAAGAUGCUGUCUGCUUGUUUGUCACCCACCCGGGGGAGAUGGUGGGCCAGCUCGCUGUGCUGACCGGAGAGCCCCUCAUCUUCACCAUCAAGGCAAUUCGAGACUGCACUUACCUCAAGAUCUCAAAGUCAGAUUUUUAUGAGAUCAUGAGGGAGCAACCCAGUGUGGUGCUGAGUGCAGCGCACACAGUGGCCAUCCGUAUGUCUCCAUUUGUCAGGCAAAUGGACUUUGCCAUUGACUGGAUGGCUGUGGAGGCUGGCAGAGCCCUCUACAGACAGGAUGACCAGUCAGACUGCACCUACAUUGUUCUAAAUGGACGUCUGCGUUCAGUCAUCCGCAAGGCAAAUGGCAAAAAAGAACUAGUUGGGGAAUAUGGCAGAGGAGACCUUAUUGGAGUGGUUGAGGCCUUGACCAAACAGCCAAGAGCCACCACUGUCCAUGCUGUGAGAGACACAGAGCUGGUCAAACUGCCUGAGGGGACGCUCAACAACAUCAAAAGACGAUAUCCCCAGGUGGUGACAAGGUUGAUCCACUUGUUAGGCCAGAAAAUUCUGGGGAACCUGCAGCAGGGUCGCGGGCCAUUCUCAGGUUCAGCCCUGAGUCUACCCAGUAUGACAGCCAGUGCUGAUGUAACCAAUCCCGCCAGCAACCUCUCCACUGUGGCUGUGCUGCCUGUAUGUGAUGAGGUUCCGAUCAACGCGUUCAACCUGGAGCUCAGCCAUGCCCUCAGUGCCAUCGGGCCCACUCUGCUAUUAACCAGUGACAUAAUCAGAGAGCGACUGGGUGCUUCUGCUUUGGACAGUAUCCAUGAGUACCGUCUAUCCGGCUGGCUGGCCCAGCAGGAGGACAUCAAUAGGAUUGUCCUGUACCAGACUGACAAUAGCAUGACCCCGUGGACUCAGCGCUGCAUCCGCCAGGCAGAUUGUAUCCUCAUCGUUGGCCUGGGUGACCAGGAACCUGCCUUGGGAGAGUUGGAACAGAUGUUGGAAAACACAGCAGUUCGGGCUCUGAAGCAGCUGAUCCUUCUACACAAAGAGGACGGUCCCGGCCCCUCCAGGACAGUCGAGUGGCUCAACAUGCGUAGCUGGUGCUCCGGACAUCUUCACCUCAAGUGUCCGCGCAGGGUCUUUUCCAGACGCAGCCCCACUAAAUUGAGGGAGGUGUAUGAAAAGGUGUUUGAGAAAACCGCAGACAGGCACAGUGAUUUCUCUCGGCUGGCCCGAGUCCUGACAGGAAACAGCAUCGCCCUGGUGUUGGGAGGAGGUGGAGCAAGAGGCUGCUCUCAUGUUGGUGUUAUCAAAUCUAUGGAGGAAGCAGGGAUUCCUAUUGACAUAGUUGGUGGGACCUCGAUCGGCUCAUUCAUUGGUGCACUGUACGCCGAGGAGAGGAGUGCCGUUAGAACCAAGCAGAGAGCGAGAGAGUGGUCAAAGGCAAUGAACUCAGUAUUUAAAACAGUCCUGGACCUGACCUAUCCCAUCACUUCCAUGUUCUCUGGAUCUGCCUUCAACACCAGCAUCUACAAAGUGUUUCAGGACAAGCAAGCUGAAGAUCUGUGGUUGCCAUACUUCAACGUCACCACUGACAUCACUGCAUCAGCCAUGCGUGUUCAUCAGGAUGGUUGCGUCUGGCGCUAUGUUAGAGCCAGCGCCUCCUACACCCCCUAUUUACCUCCCCUCUGCGACCCCAAGGAUGGCCACUUGCUUGUGGAUGGUUGCUAUGUUAACAAUGUCCCAGCGGACAUUGCGAGGAACAUGGGUGCCAGAACAGUCAUUGCCAUUGACGUGGGUAGCCAAGAUGAGACCGACCUCUGUAACUAUGGGGACUGUCUGUCUGGCUGGUGGUUACUGUGGAAACGAAUCAAUCCUUGGGCAGAGAAAGUAAAGGUGCCAGACAUGGCUGAGAUCCAGUCUCGGUUGGCCUACGUGUCGUGCGUGCGGCAGUUGGAGUUGGUGAAGAAGAGUGCCUACUGUGAGUACAUCAGACCACCCAUCGACCGCUUCAAGACCAUGGACUUUGGCAAGUUUGACGAGAUCUAUGAUGUGGGCUUCCAACACGGCAAGCUGGUGUUCACCGGCUGGGCUCGAGGUGAUAUCAUCAAGAACAUGCUGAAGGAUCACCGCUCAGCCGACUACAACGACAGCAAGAUACCUGACUCUUGCACGUGUUCAGGAGCUGACUUCACGGACCUUGCAGAGAUUGUGUCCAGGAUAGAGCCUGUCCAAAGCUACGUUGCUGCAGAUGCGGAAGAGUCAGACUGUCUGACUGAGUACGAGGAGGAUGGGAUGGACACUGUGAGAGAGGAGGAGGGGGAGGAAGAGGAGGAAGAGGCAGAUGACCCUGAGGACCACUCCCCUGGAGAGUGGGGCCAGAAUGGAGUCUUCCAGACUGAUGAGGAGAAAUCUGUGAGGCAACGCAGGAAACUCACCAGUGACUCCAACACCUCAGAAGUCUCUGACUGCUGACAGCAGGCCAUGGAGGACUAAGAGCAGUAUAAACAAGAUCAAGGGCCAAAUUACGAAUCCAUAAAUUGUCAAGGCGAGGGACUUGGACAUCACACUCAGCUCCUGUAACUUCUGAAGCUCUAAAAUACUGUUUUUUUGUUGGGUUUUUUUUGGAGGGAAUCACUGUUCAUCCUCUAAACUGCUGAACCCUUUUCUUUGACUGUAUCAAGUGGCUUCCUCUUCCCUCUCAAACUGGUUUCAGCUGUUCUCAUUCUGACUGCAUUGUCAAAUAACAAAUACUGUUCAUGUGGGCUCUUUGAAAGUUUACCCUACCCACUGUUGCUCCCUCAGCCAGAAACCCUGCCUGCCAACUCUAAAGCCCAAUGGAACCUUCCCUCUCCCUGCUAACCAACACAAGAAAACAGGGACACCUACAAUGUUUAAGUCACUUUCCCAGCUUCAUAUGGCCACAAAGACACCUCCUGCAUGUCCCAUCUGUCUCUGAAUCUUUACAUACGUUUCUAAUGUCAGUAUGGCUUCAUUGCACUCCAUUAUUGACACGUCCACAGUCCGUUCAUUUCUCAAAUGUAUUUGUCCAGAUGAGUGUGUGUAUGCCUGUUGGGUGUGCCUGUGCAUUAGGACGACUGUUUGGUUCCCACUUGAAAAGAUGCAUUGAAAUAAUAGCAGGGCAGUGAAAAGAGGAGUAGGGCAUACACCUAGUUGAGCUGUAGUUUUAUACGAAUUAGGUAAGUUUAGUGUAGAUGUCAAAUAGGGGAAGCUACACGAGGAGUAUAUGUAGAUACCAAAGUAGAGUUUAUGUUGAAUAAACAGAGGCAGGGCGGGUGAUUAAAAUGUAGAGAUAUUUAAAGAAUCAGAUGUAUUUGGGCUUCAGAAAGAUGAGGUAGAAAGAUUUUUUAAAUGUGGAAAACUAAGCAAGAAGAUUUAGGGUGUAGAAAAGGAAAAAGACGGACCAGUGAGUAAACUGUUUUAAUUUUGAUUUAAUUUAUUUAAAAAGUCACGCACAAUAGAUUAGAGUGAGCUUGAUUUGUUGUAGGUAGACUAAACUGAAAAGGAGAUGAAGAGAAUGUUUAAUGGAACAUGAAUGAAGGAUGAAUGAGUUGAUCUCAGUGAGUGGAUGACAGUUGUGUCUGCUUGCUUGAUACUGUGUGUUUCUGCCGUUUCAUUUAAAAUGAUGCCAGACUAAGACAAUGCCUUUUCAACCGGUGUUUGAUGCACUCUCAGUGACAGCGGAGAAGAGAGCGAGCGAUCAUUCGACUGACACAACACAACAAAACAGUGCGUUACCCUCUGCUUUCGAAGUCACAUGUAAAACACUCAGGGUUUCUGCAUUUACAGAAACAGACAUAAGAAGAAACAUCCUCCGCUAAGACAUGAUACGGUAUACAUGAGAAUUUAUCUCAGACUGUACAGAAAAAAACAUCCCAACAAAUUAUUGUCGAAAAAUGAAGUCAAUUUGAAGUGAAUGCUACACAGAAACCCGGAGUAAUCCUAAACUUCAACUGGAAACUCACCUUAUGUAACUAACAGUUUAAUUAAUAUGGACCUCUUGUAGAAAGUGUAACAGGAUUAUAUUAUAAUAAACACAUUGUUGAUAUUCAUAUAUGUAUAUGAGGUGGAAAUUUGUAAGUUGAUGCUUUGCUGCAAAACAAGGGAACCAACAUCUAAACAAAAAAAGGGUUUCUUCUCUUAAAAUGUUUUUUGUUCUCUGGUGUGCCAGAUUUGCUUUUUGUUCUUUAUUUAUACAUGUUAACCACUGGGUUUUUGUUUUUUUAAAACUGUUUUUCUUUUUUUAAUUGGGGGGUGGGGAGUGUCUUAUUUUAAUUAACUUGCUUUAGCUGUUUUGCACUGAAAUAUUUGAAGUAUUCCUGGCUCAGAAGAUGUUUGAUUUUUAAUAACCAUUCACCUUGAGAUGCCAAAGGAAACUCCAUAUAAAAAGAGAUCAUUUAAUAUGCAUAUUUGAAAAAAUAAAUAUAAUAUGCAUCAUGUCCUGUGG